GCCGGGUCGGGGUCGCCUCCAGGGAGCACGGACGGGACGGGCGUGCGCGUAUAUAACUGCCCACCCGCCGGCGCCGCCCCGCUCCGCGCUCGGGCACGCGAGUUACAGUCACGCUCAGAGUCCACAUCCACCAGGUCGGGUAACUGGGUCGACUAACAUUCAGCUGGUAGUAUGAGCGAAGGCACGCGGGAGAUGAGGCGGCUGCGCGUCGGCAGCGCCGGCGGCAGCAAGGCGAGCGCGAGCGGCGGCAUCGCCGACGAGUUGAGCAGCGGGGGGCGCGGCAUUGGGGCGCGGAUCCGCGGGGUCAACGUGGGGAUCCUGGACGAGCAGGUGCUGGCGCUGGUGUUCCGCGCGCUCAACUGGGACCCGCAGGCGCUGUGCUCCGUGGCGCGGGUCAGCCGCCGGCUGCGCGCCGUCGCGGAGCGCGUGCUGUGGCGGGAGCUCUGCGUCUCGCGCGCGCCGCGGAUGGUGUCCGCACUCACCACGGGCUCCUCGGCCUCGUCGGGCCGCGUGGGCGGCGGGUGGCCGGCGCUGGCGAAGCUGCUCCUCUACUGCUGCGGCGCGGCCGGGGCGGGCGUGCGGGGCCACUUCGCGCCCGUGUCGCGCUUCUCCAAGACGUCCGGCCGGAGCUUCCUGUCGCGGCGGUGCGGCGGGGACCUGCUGUACGUGUCGGACCCGUGCGAGCACGCGGCGGCCGGCGCCGGCGACGACGAGGACGUGGGCGCCUACCGCGGCGUGUUCCGCGGCUUCAUGCGCUCGCGCACGCGCGCAUGCCUGGUGGGCGGCCGCGCCCCGCUGGAGCCCCGCGUGCGCUGCCCCUACUGCGGCGCGCGCGUCUGGAGCGUCACGGCCGCCGGCCUCGCGCCCCGCAGCGCGUGCCGCCGCCUCGGCGCGCACGAGGGCCGCCUCGAGUACUUCGUCUGCGUCAGCGGCCACCUCCACGGCAGCUGCUGGCUCGCGCGCCUCUCCUCCAGCGACAGCGAUGGCGACGGCGAGCGCCAGCGCGGCCGCGGUGGCGAGGACACCGACUCUGACGACGACGGAUUCACUGCCACCGCCGACGGGCACACGGAGCUGUGACGCGAAGAGCUUGUCUUAGAGCAUCUCCAGCUGCGCCCCCGACGAGGCCCCCCAUGCGAUUUUUCGGCCGCCGGCGUAAAAAAAAAAGCCCCGUCGCGCUCCCAAAAGCGGUCGAAAUUGGCGCCGGCGGACCCAACCCGAACCCGGCGAGCUCGGGGGCGCCGGGCGAAUCGUUUUUGCGCGAAGAGCCGCGGGCCCCCCUUGCCAGCGACUCGACUCUCUUCUCGCCACUUCGUCGUCCUCAUCGCCUCGUUCCCCGCGACGAAUCAAUGUCAAAGCUGCGCGCGCUGCCGCACCGGUCAGCCUCCAUUGAUGCCUCACGGACGGCGCAGUGAAGGCCGGGCGACGCGCGUCCCCUUGCCCGCCACGCGUAACGCGCCGGCCACGCGUACUACGCGGCGCUUCCGCCUAUAUAAGCCGACCACCAGCGCGCUGGAGACACGCACAGAUCCUCCACCGCCGACGCGCCCAUUUCUCCCCCUUCCUCCCUCGCCUCCUCUCGCCGUCUCCAGUUCAGAAGAAUGGCCGAGCGCUUUCCAGGCGACGGCGCGGCGGCGAAUGGCUUCGGGCGCCGCCAUCUUCAUGAGGACGAGGCUCGCCUCCUUUUCGAGGCCGAGUACCCGGUCCCGCCGGACAUGCGGGUGCUCGGGGCGUGGAGGAUCAGCGCCAGCGGCGUGCCGGUGCCACCACCACCCACCGGGGCGGCGCGGCGUGCGGAGAUCGCACGUAUCCGUGCGUCCGUGCCGCGGGUUGCGAGGGAAGGCCCGCGGUACACCCCCGACAGCCCGCUCUGGGAGCCCUACUUCCGCCGCCGCCACGCCGAACAGCUCAAGGCGACGAACGGCGUCGUGCCCUCCGGCAGGCUCAACUCCGAGGGCCGGCGCCGGUGGUGGGGCGUGCCCGGCCGCACGUUGGAGGCCGUCCUCGAGUACAUCGAGGGCGGCAACACGCCGCGCCUCGAGUACCCCUCUCCCCCGUCCUUCUCACGCCGCCGUGGGAGCUCCUGGACGCUGAGGCGCAUGGACCGGCCCGGGGCGUCCUCCUCCUCGUCCGGCCGCUCGUCCGGCUCUCCUUGCCUCCGCCCCGUCAAGCCGGAGCCCCAGGACACGCCUGUCAGCGCAUGCACCCGCAGCUCCGGCGUCCGCAUCGGCGACUCCACCCCCCUCCGGCCGCUUCGUCCUCGUCGAGCCCAAGCCGGAGCCCCCCGGAGUACGAGGAGAUAGCCCGACGCGGUUUCUCCGACGAGGAGGCCCUACAGUGGGCUCGGGACGACUACUACCGGGACGAGAUGGUCCGGCAGCGCCGGGCCCUGGAUGAGAUAGAAGCCCGCAAACGUGGGCGCGAGGACGAGCACGGCGUCGUGAUCUUCGAAGCGACGACGACGAGAACGCCCCCGGACCGUCCAACCCGCCGCGCCAACCAGGGGAGAGAUGCAGCAGGGACGGCGGUGGCGGAGGCGGCGGCGACGACGGCGGCGGCGACGACGGCGGCGGCAAUUACACGCGGUUCUACAGCCUCCUCAGCAUGUAGAACUGCAAGGGCGGGUGGCGAGGAGCGGCGAGGGAGAUGGCGAGGAACGGCGAUGGAGACGGCGAGGAGCAGCCCCUAGUAGUUUUUUUCUUUUUUUAUAAAAUAUGUUUAAAUUUGAACGAACUCGCCGAUGUUGGCAUUAAAUUUGAGCCGCGUUUGCGCCGUAUUUAAGUUUAAAAAAAAAAACGUGGGCGCCGCGACUGGGGCAUCACGCCCCCAGCACGUGGUUUAGCGCCGGUGCGUCUCCAGGGGGCGAUUUUUAGCCCCUCCUGAGAGGCCAACGGCUGGAGAUGCUCUUAGCCACAUGAAAAUGCAAUAGAAUAGAAGCAUAUUCCGCGGCUUUUUCCCGUUUGUUUUGUUGGCUUUUGUAUAAUCUCUUGGCUCCUGUGGCCUUGUUGCAA